UCGAAUGUUUUUGUUUUUGGUGAUUGAAUAUUCCAUCGAAAGAUGGCGUUUGAAUCUUUGCACAUGUUUUUCGAACGAUUUUUUUUUCGUGCGUUCCAAACAUCUGAUUUUCGAAUCUGUGCGGAUUUUUCAUUUUGUUUUCGAGAAAAAAUCUUUCAAAAUCAAAUCUUCUUCAAAAAUCAAAAUGCCCGCAUUUGAAUUAAUAUUGUUAAUAAAAAAGCUACAAAAACCAGAAUUAACAUUAUGUAUGAAACGUGCUGCAAAUUUUAUAUUCGAUAAUCAAGGUAUAUUAAGAAAAAUGGAAUAUCUUGGCCUACAGCCAUUACAUUUUCGUCUUUCAUCAUCCAUACCGAAUGCUAAACGUUUUAAUCAGGCAAAUUUCAUUCUAUAUCAUUUGGAUUUACCCAUAGAAUCAAUGAAAAAAGUAUUUGAAGAUUGUCGUUAUGAUACUGAUAUAAUACGUGCAUAUUAUAUACGAAAAGAAUCUAAUCUACCCGAAAAUUAUGAAUGUGAAUUAUUUGAUGAAUUAAAACCACCAGCAAAACGUCCAUCAGUUAUGUCAUUGAUUGAAGAAGGUAGAAAAAAGAAACCCGAUUAUGAUAUGGGUGAUUCACCAAAUGUUCGACAAAUUUUGUAAAAAUUUUUUUUCCAAAUUUAAUUUCAAUUUCAAAAACAAAAACAAAAUAAAAUGUACAAUUAGUCAAUGUUGUAAUGCAACACUUUCAUUUUAUUUUUUCGUUAACACAAAAAUCCUUUUUUUUU